CUCGGGAUCACAUUAGCAUUCAAUCCGAACGUGUUUGUUCAGCACGGGUUUGGCGAAUUGCCCGAGAACACGGGAGAGCGAGAACAGUCGUUAAAACCGAAAACCCGUCAGGACGAGAGCAAUUGGUAUCAACUGAUUUGGCUUGGAUUACACUAUUUAGAACAAGAGAAACAAUUGACCACAGUUGAGUCAAACAGUGUUAUUUGUACCGCUGCUCCACUUCGUCCGAAAAUUCUGCAUCCAUCGCCCGAGUACGGAUCGGAAGAAGUGAUUUUAAAAUCAAUAGGGUUUCACAAACGUCUCAUUCGAACCCAACGUACACAUAGUCCAAUUAAUGAGAAUGAUAAUAUAGAGCAUACCAUAAACGAGAUCCUCAAGGACAUAAUUCCGCAGAACGUGGGGGAAUCGCUUCCUGACGGGAUACUGGAUAACACCAGGGAGGAACCGACAGUCUCCUAUGGACAACCAUUCCAGCUACCUCAAAGGAUAAAGGCCGCUGAUAAUAAGCCUCUGAUUGAAGAGUUAGAUACAAAAAUUCAAGUCUCAGAAACAGUUGCACCCAAGAGUAUGGAAGAAGCUACCAUUCAAUGGCAUGCCGAGAUAGUUGCCCAUACGGAUAAGAGACGCGGAUCGAUACGUUCAAACCAACUGAAAGUGGUUUUUGAGCUUCCAGGGGUUCGUUCUGGUGCCCAGUGCGAUUUAGACAUCACUGCCGAGAAACUUCUUCUCAUGGUCAUGGACAGUCCGAUCGCUUACAAGCCACUGGAAAUCACCUUGCCAUGCAAGGUGGAUAUACCGAACGCGGAAGCCAAAUUCAGCAUUAAACGCGAAAGUCUAACGUUGUUUGUUCCAAUCUUACCAUCAAAUCCCUAA